GCCGCUUCCUGACGACCUCGAAGGACCGCCACCGCGCAGUUUCCUCGCGCAGCCACCGCUUGAGCCCGGCCGUCUGGAAGUGUGGAAAUAUAUAUCUCAAUCAAUUUGUGCCAAGUGAACACGCAUAUUGUAAAAGAAGACAAAAUAUCGCAGAAGAUGCAGAAAUUCAUGAAAUGCAGGUUGGUGGGCGUGCUGGUGAUCCUAGCGGCAUCGCGGGCGGCUCUCGGCCUUAGCACGGAGAGGAAUGCGCGCCCGCACGCCCGCGUCGCCCGUCAGCUGCACCGCAUGCUCGACCCGUUCGGACUGCUGGGGCGCGCCGGCGAGGCCGUGCAGGGCGCCGUGGAGGGCGUGCACAACGCCGUGCAGGACCUGGGCAAGACGCUGAACGACGGCGCGGAGCAGGUGGGCAAGAUGGUGGAGCAGGGCGCCGCCUCCUUCGACAGCGCCUUCAAGGAGCGAAUGGGUCAGGUGCACGCCGGCAUGGAGGAGGCGGGGAAGGUCGCCGGCAUCGUGAGCGAGGACCUGGCCGACUCCGUGUCCGCGCUCGUGUCCAACCACCUCGCUGCCGACGACGCCGACGAGGACCUCAUGAUGAAGCGCGAGGGCAUCGUGGACGGCUUCCUGCGCAUGGUGGGCAUCGAGCCCUCGCGGGUCGGCCUCAUGGCGCUCAACGUGCUCAUCUUCCUGGCGGAGAUGAUCACGUCGACCCUCAUCGGCGAGGACCUGAACGCCAUCCCGGACACGCGGAGCAACGGCGGCUCCUCGCCCCUCGAGUGGCUCCUCUCCGGAAACCCCUUCCAGGUGGACGCGAUGCUCAGGGAGGCUCAGGACCCAGGUCUUCCCAGGACCAUUAUCGAGAAGCUGCAGCGGGCCAGCGGGGAGAAGACGGCGUGCGUGCAACUGCUCGUGUGCAAGAUGUCGCCUGUGGUCUGGGGGAUCCAGAGGUCGGUCAAGGAGGCCGUUCAGCCGCGCCACCUCGACCCCGACGCCCCGGAGAAGGGCGUCUUCCAGAUGCUGUACGACUCCUUGCCUGCGCUGGACGACUUCGUGAACUUCUCCGAGUCGUGCGAGCAGCAGUUCCCGUCUUGUCCGCUGCUCAACCUCUCCGACCUCGGGCUUUAGAGGGAGAGGGGGUUAGG